ACCAUGGAGAUGAAAGCAAUCAAACGGAGCUCCACGGAGGAUCCGCGUCCCGAAGAUGGUGACGGUGGUUUAUCUGAAAUUCAUGAAACAGAGGGUGCUACCGAGAACGAAAUAGAAACCCCAAAUACGGACACGUUGAAACCGGGAUCGCAAAUAAGGCCCACCGUCACUGAGGACGAAGUCCGCAAGCUGGCCGAGCGACUGUACGGAAUUAUUGUGCUGGAAAGUUGCGAGCUGGAAUCCUACGAUGAUCGUAACUUCAUGAUCCAGGCCGACAGUUAUGUCAAGAACCCGAUAUUGAAAUCAAUCAACGCCAGCGGUUACGUGAUGAAAAUAGCAAAUUCACUCGAUUCCCGCGACGAAUCGUUCUUUGAGGCGCAGAAUGAAAUCAUGAUGCAUCUCAGAAAGCGUGAGAUCAAAUGUCCGGUGCCGAUGCAGAACAUUCACGGCAAAUAUCACUCGGUCGAAAAGCUGGGCAGUUCGGAACACAUCGUUCGUUUGUUGGAGUAUAUUCCGGGCAAAAUAUUCCACGGAGUACCGCAUCCGGAUGAGAUGUUCUAUCAGGCUGGACAGUUUAUAGCGAGAAUCGAUUCGGCCCUCAAGGGUGUGGAUAAAACAAAGAUCCUCAACCGGCAGUCAAUAUGGAUGUUGGAGAGCUUCCCGAAGCUCCACGAUUUCAUCUACGUUGUCAAGGACGAGCACCACAAGGAUAUCAUCGAACAGGUGUUGGCAGCAUUUCGAAAACGAAUCAUUCCGAAUCUGAACGAAUUUCAACAGGGCGUGAUCUACGGGGAUUUCAAUGAACACAACAUCAUAGUUAACAAGAAAGCAACGGAUUGCAAGGACUACGAAAUAACGGGCAUUAUCGAUUUCGGCGACGUGUGCUAUUCGCGCUACGUUUUCGAAUUGGCCAUUGCCAUGACGUACAUGAUGCUGGAAUCGAACGAUCUAGACACUGGCGGGCUGGUGAUCGCUGGCUACAGUAUGAUACGACAUAUUCCUCAGCACGAGAAAGACGUCCUCAGGGUGGCGGUUGCGGCACGUCUUUGUCAGAGCCUUGUGCUUGGUCUCUACACGGCCACCGUCGACUCUAAUAACCGGUACAUUCUGUCAACCCAAACGCGGGGCUGGAGUAUGCUCGAGGCACUGUGGAACGAAUCAGACAAAGAUAUUCAAGAACGUUGGGCCAACGUGGCCGAAGAGUAUCUUACUAGAAGUACCAAGUGACGCGGUUGUCGAAACGUUAUGAUUUCUAAUGCAUUUUAAUUAUAAUUUCACGUCGAACGUGAUGCGUUUCUUUUAAGCGCAUUCGCACUAACACUGCACCGGAAGCAAUAUCUACAUGCAUCAAUUAUUAGGGCAAUGAAAAAGAUUUUACUGCAAUACAAGAGCUUUAACAGUAGGCGGCAAUAAAAUAAAAUUCAUAAAUAGCAAAUAAAAUUCUACUGUCAAUUACAUAUUUUGAUCAGUCUAUUGAAGUGUCUGUGCAAGGAAAGGAAUAGGUUUGAUCAUAAGGUUGAAAGCUGUUUGAUUCACUUUAGAAAUGACAGAUUUUUACUUUAAUGGAAUCGGCAAGUUGAAUG